AACCACGAACACUGAGAUUACCAUCCUACCCUCGUUAGGAGUCGUUGCAGAGCAAUCGAACUGUUGAAAAUGAAAAAAAAAAAAACUAGAAGAAGAAGAAAACAAGAAGAACGAGAAGAUGGCUGCUCUAAACUUGAAAUUGAGCAGAACAUCAUCUCAGCCCCUUGAAUCCUGGUUCAAGCCUCGAAAGCAUCAGGUCUCCACAAAACUGCUUCUCAGGAGAGCCGUGAAAUGCAGAGCCAAUUCAUCGGAGCCAUCUGAAGAAGCAACCACCACGGCCACUCCCGAAAUCGAGCUGGAGUUCAUCGGACCGAAGCCGGAAAGUGAUGGAUCGUAUAGAGUGGAGAGAGCGAAGGCCGUGAGUGGAGAGAAGCUACUGAGGAACAUAAUGUUGGAUAAUAAAAUCGAACUCUAUGCCACCUAUGGCAAAGUAAUGAACUGUGGAGGAGGAGGGAGCUGUGGAACUUGCAUUGUGGAAAUUCUUGAAGGCAAAGAUGUUUUAAAUGAAAGAACAAAUACAGAGGCACGGUAUCUUAAAAAGAAACCAGAAUCCUGGAGGCUUGCUUGCCAAACUAUAGUCGGAAACAAACACAACUCUGGCAAGGUUGUGGUUCAGAGGAUUCCCCAGUGGAAGAAGAAAUGACUAUACACCUGCCAUCAUAUAUGUAUGUAAUAUUCCCAACCAACUAUAUGAUAUUCAUUCAGUGUUAUUAUAUUACCUUCAAUUUUUAUACAUAACACUCCUCUCAACUCUCAAACAUUUUAGAAUUGUAUGUGAAAUUGAAUUGGAUGAGAAUACUUUGUUGUAUUUCACCUCAUCUGUGCACCCUUACAGUCGAUUAAACAUUGGUAAAUUCACCCUACAAAAAGAUUAUUUCACUUAAAACCAUGAAGUUCACCUCUAAAUUGCACUUCAAUUUUUUCCCCUCACCAAGAAGUGCUUGUUGGUGGGAAGUCAAUUAGCAAAAAAAGAAGUUAAGACGCUCA